CAAGCACCCCGAAUUCGGUCCGCCACUAAGCCCCGCGCGCGAUUUUAUGGCGGAGGUAGUGGAGGACGAUUUUGGAGACAGCCCCCGCGGCGCCCAGGCUUGAUAUUGGCAGCGGCGCUCAGUCUAAGUCCUGCGGUAUUCGUUCAACUCGCGGGGGAAGACAAUGAAGGUAGCGAUCAAACGGCCGAGGAGCGCAUGCUUGAGGCAUCCCGAGACGAGAUCAAGAAGAAAGUAGGGGACGACGUGUAUGGACUUCGACGUCUCGGACAUAGUUUGGUGUUGUUCGUGGAACUGUAUGUUUGGGAACCCCUAUGCACGGGAUUGAGGUUCUUGCAUCUGGUCAUUAUCUUCGUGCCGGUUUUCGUGACAGUCCCAGUGAUUUGGUUUGGGAAGAGGGAUAAGAGGAGGAGCAAUGAGAGAUCAGGCACGCUAUGGUGGUAUUCUUUCUUGGUGAAGAGUAUGGAGAGAGCUGGGCCGGCUUUUAUUAAGCUGGGACAAUGGGCGGCCUCACGGUCAGAUAUCUUCCCAAUUCAGAUGUGCGAAAUCAUGUCCCAACUUCACUCGAAUGCCCGGGCUCAUCCCCUUCACGAAACAAAACGGAUCAUACAAAAUGCAUUUGAUGGGAGACCAUUCGAGGAUAUAUUUGAAGAGUUUGAAGAGAAGCCUUUGGGAGUAGGAGCUAUUGCCCAAGUAUACAGGGCGAAGUUGAAACCUGACUUGGCUGUACCGGGAGAUCCGGAGCUGGACGAACCAUCUAGUCUGCGACAUAAUGUACGAAAGAAUGUCGAUACCUUGAUCAAGAGCACGCCUCAACGGGUACCAUCUUCAUACGUUGCUAUAAAGGUUCUGCACCCAGGAGUGGAAAGAAUGGUCAGACGAGAUCUAAAUAUAAUGGGAUUCUUUGCCUCGGUCUUGAAUGCAAUUCCAACCAUCGAGUGGCUCUCGCUUCCAGACGAAGUCAGACAGUUUGGAGAAAUGAUGCGGUUACAACUUGACCUUCGAAUUGAAGCCGCCAACCUGACGAUCUUCAGGAAGAACUUCAAAGAGCGAACAACAGCGUGGUUCCCGUACCCUUACUCCGCUUUUACAACUCGACAAGUCUUGGUAGAAGAAUAUGCCCAGGGUAUCCCACUUUCUGAUUUUAUGGAAAAUGGCGGUGGCAUAUUUCAACACGAAAUUGCUGAUGAAGGUCUCGACGCAUUUCUAAGGAUGCUCUUGCUGGAUAACUUUGUACACGCCGACCUUCAUCCAGGAAAUAUCAUGGUUCGCUUCUACCAGUCUUCUCAGCCUCAUCUCCCAUUCCGCAAACUCAAAAACGACGAGGAUCCACAGCGACAACCCGAUGUCACGGAACAAGUGCUUGCUCGCCUCCGCCCAUAUAGGCAUAGGAAGGAUAUCAAAGCGUGGGAAGCCGAAUUAGUGAAAAUAGAUAAAGAGGGCUUCCGGCCCCAACUCAUCUUUAUUGAUACGGGACUGGUCACAGAAUUGAACGACACAAACCGCAAGAACUUCCUCGAUCUCUUCAAAGCCAUAGCAGAAUUUGACGGCUAUAAAGCCGGGCACCUGAUGUGUGAGCGCUGUCGCCAACCCGAAGCUGUCCUGAAUGAGGAAGUUUUCGCUCUUAGGAUGCAGCAUCUUGUGCUUGGUGUCAAGAGCCGUACCUUAGCGCUAGGAAAGAUGAAGAUUGGAGACAUCCUAAAUGAUGUCCUUGGCAUGGUCAGGGAGCAUCAUGUCCGGAUGGAGGGUGAUUUUGUAAAUGUGGUUAUCUCAAUUCUGUUACUAGAGGGAAUCGGCAGAAGUUUGAACCCGGAUAUCGAUCUCCUUUCUAGUGCGCUGCCUAUUCUUAGACAGCUUGGGACACAGAGCGGUGGUGGAAUGCUGAGGAAGGGUGAUUUCUCCAUGCUGAAAGUGUGGGCUGGGCUGGAGGCAAGGAAAUUCUUGCAGGCCAGUAUUGAGGAUGUCGAACGAUGUGUUAAGUACGAUUUGUUAUCACCGAAUGUAUAAGUAAUCAUGGAUCAUCUGUCAUUGGUCUUGCUGGCGUUUGUAUAGAGAGUAAAGGAAAAAGCAGGACAUCCUUCCUGCGAUUUAUGAAUAGACAAGAGUUUCAACAGAGCCCUGCAUCUCACGAGU